AUGGAAGGAGAUUCCAGCUCCCAGCUGGAAAAUGGACGGAUGGAUGAUAAGGAUAUAGAAGAGUCCUGUGAACCCUCCAUGUUACCGGGAAUCCGGGACGAUAGCGGGGUCUCUAUACUAGUGGAGUUCAAUGAAGUGGCCUCAGGUAGCCUGUCUCAGAGGAUAUCCACUCUGCAAAAUUCAUUAACAAUUUCUUUGGCCAACAUUCAAACUGAUGUUGAUACGAGAGAGUCAAUGCGAAGACAGGAGUUGGAUGAAGUUUGCAAAAUGAGAUUGAAGUUGCUGGGAAAAUAUGUAGAGUCCAGUCAAGAAAAAUUUGAAGAGCUAAUGAGAGGGUGGUCACUUGCUAAGGAGAAUGUGAGCAGCCCUGUGGAGCUGCAAGAAGCUAUGAACAGCCAGCAGCAGGCAGUACUGGGUCUAUUAGCAGAGAAGAAGAAAAUCAUAAAUGAGCUGCGAUGGGACCUUAUGGUUGCAGGUGAUCACUUUGUCAAAGACUUGAGGAAGCAGGCAAAGGAGCGGGACUUGAUGAUGGAGAGGAUGGAGGACCAGAUCAAAACUUUGAUCAAAACGUACAGGAAGGAGCUGGCUGAGACUGAAAGCGUUAAUCACCAGGAAAAUGAAGCCUUACUUAUAAGAGAUAAGUGUCACUGGGAACAAUACCAGAAGGAAGUCUAUGACACAGAGUUAGAGAUGGUGACACAGAGAAGGGAGAAAGUUGAAGAUUAUGAAGCUAAAAUUCAGAGUCUGAUACUGGAGAACAUGAAAAUGCAAGCAAUUGAUAAAAUAGAGCAGGACGCCAAAUUGCAGGUCAUGGUGAGAGAGCAUCAAAAAAUCUGUGCCGUCUACACAAUGACAUAUCUAAAGAAAGUUAAAGAAAAGCAUGAUCUAGAAGCACUUAAGAAUACCAGGAUCCCUGGUCUUCAGGCAGAGACUGACCAGAAAAAUCCAGUCCCCAAGAAUAUUAAUCAGACAAAAAGGAAGAUCCAGCAUUUGUCAAAAAACUACAAGUACAAUGUCCAUCAAUAUGAACAUCUACAGGGGAAGAGCAAAAACAUUGCAGUUGCUGAUGCAAAGACAUUUGAGGAGAUGGUGGAAACAGUUGAAGAAGAAGUGAAGCAAUUAGUUGAGAGGGCUUUAGAAACUGACUCUCUGAUCUCUAAGCGGUACCAUGGCGUACUGGGAGAAAAACCUCCACUAGCCUUUACAGAACUCUGUGAUGAGACUUUGACAAAAAUCAAAGAGCUGCUGAUGGAUGAAGUUGGCAUCCUGGCUGAGGAAGGCAAGGAGGAGGAUGAAAAGUGGAACUCUCUCCUUUCUACUUUUGGCAUCAGCGAGAACGAUUUGCCCAAACUGGCUAAUUAUGUUGUAAAGUACAGCCAACAAGAGACACAACAGACAGAAGACUGUGAAGAGCCCGGUGAAUACAGUGACCAGGCAGCAGCACCAGGAACCAGCUCUACAUUUCAUGUGACCGCUGACCUUAUUCAUCCCAACCAUGUUCUGCCUGCUCUUAAAAGUUUUAUCAAGCAAGAUUCGAGGUUCAGGGAGAUCUUACGUCAGCAAGCCCGGGACAAAGCCUAUUGGGAAAGUUUGGGCAAUAUUAUCCCUGAAGAAAAAGUCAAACUGUGGGAAGAAGUUGAGAGGACACUAAUGCAAUACCUUAUAGUCCUCAAGGACAUUGCUGAGCUUGUCCCUGAGAUGGAUAGUCUGAGACAGCAGAACACAGAGAUGCGGAGGAUGCUGCAAAAGUCUCCAAAGCCACAAGUCAGCACAUAA